AUGAUAUAUUUAAUUGAGUUUUUUAUGGUCUGUUUAAUAGUAAGCUUGAUUGGGGUUGCGUCUAAUCCCUCUCCUUAUUUUGGGGCAGGAAAUUUGGUAGUGGGUGCUAGUAUAGGUUGUGGGGUUUUAAUUUUAUUAGGGUGUUCUUUUGUUUCUCUUGUAUUAUUAUUAAUCUAUUUGGGUGGUAUGUUGGUUGUUUUUGCUUAUUCUGUUGCUUUAGCGUCAGAUCCCUUCCCAGAAGUAUGAGGAAAGGUUGGAGGAUAUUUUAGUGGAUAUGUUGUAUUGGUAGUGUUUUUAUUAGUUAUGUUUAGUGAAGGAAGUUUUAUUAGUUUAGGGGUGAAUGGGUUAGAUUCGCAGGGUUUAUCCGUGGUUCGUGUGGAUUUAAGUGGUGUGUCAUUAUUAUAUUGUUUAGGUGGUUGGGGUUUAUUGAUUUGUGGAUGGGCAUUGUUGUUGGCACUAUUUGUAGUAUUGGAGUUAACUCGUGGAUUAGUGCGAGGAGGUCUUCGUGCAGUU